CAGGAUCUCUUUCCUUUGGACUCCUUGAGGAAUGUGUGGUGAUAAUCAGAGCAUGUCCAGGCUCCCAGAAAAGCUUUCCUGCCUUUGGCCAAUUAUUAGUCUCAGAUGGGCAGGUCCCUGUUUCCAGAAAGAUCAGACUUGGCUUCAGUGUGGCAGUGCAGGAACCCACCAGCAGUGAUAUGCAGGGCCAGGAUGGUUUACAAAACCAACAGAGAAAGCAACCAACUCAGCAGAUGUCUAUCAAAAUGUGAGACAGAAACUUAUGGCUGAAAUGAAAGCAGAAAACAUCAAGCAAUUCCUUCGUUCCUUUACAAAGUUUCCUCACCUCGCGGGAACAGAACAGAAUCUUUUUCUUGCCAAACAAAUUCAAGGCCAGUGGAAGGAAUUUGGAUUGGAUUCAGCAGAACUAGUUCAUUAUGAUGUCCUUCUUUCCUACCCAAAUGAAAUGCAGCCAAACUACAUCUCAAUAAUUGAUGAUCAAGGGAAUGAGAUUUUCAAUACAUCAUUUUUUGAACCACCUCCUCGGGGAUAUGAAAAUGUUACUGGUAUUCUGCCACCAUAUAAUGCUUUUUCAGCACAAGGAAUGCCAGAGGCAGAUCUGGUAUAUGUGAACUAUGGCCGCACUGAAGAUUUUUUUAAGCUGGAGCGUGAAAUGGGAAUUAAUUGUACAGGGAAGAUUGUCAUUGCCAGAUAUGGGAAGAUCUUCAGAGGAAACAAAGUUAAAAAUGCCAUGUUAGCAGGAGCCCAAGGGAUCAUACUUUAUUCAGACCCUGCUGACUACUGUGCCCUGGGAAUAGAUGCUUAUCCAGAUGGCUGGAACCUUCCAGGUGAAGGAGCCCAGCGUGGGAACGUAUUAAACCUGAAUGGAGCUGGGGACCCUCUAACACCAGGUUAUCCUGCAAAAGAGUACACUUUCCGGUAUAAAGUUAAAGAAGGAGUAGGAAUUCCCAAGAUCCCAGUUCAUCCCAUUGGAUAUCAUGAUGCAGAAGUAUUAUUACGUGCAAUGGGAGGACCUGCGGCUCCAGACAGCAGCUGGAAGGGAAGUCUCAAUGUGUCUUAUAAUAUAGGGCCAGGGUUUGCACACAGCUUUUCUACAAGAAAAGUCAGAAUGCAUGUUCAAACCAACAGUCAAAUAACACGAAUUUACAAUGUCAUUGGCAUCCUCAGAGGAGCUAUAGAACCAGACAGGUAUAUUAUUUUAGGAGGUCACAGAGAUUCCUGGGUAUUUGGUGGUAUCGAUCCAACUACUGGGGCCGCUGUUCUUCAAGAGAUUGUUCGGAGUUUUGGUAAAAUGAAGAUGGAAGGUUGGAGACCUAAGCGGACUAUUAUUUUUGCUAGCUGGGAUGCGGAAGAAUUUGGAUUGUUGGGUUCCACAGAAUGGGCUGAGGAAAAUGCCAGAGUCCUCCAGGAGCGAGCAGUUGCAUACAUCAACACAGAUUCUUCUAUAGAAGGCAACUACACAUUAAGAGUUGACUGCACCCCCCUUCUCUACAAACUGGUGUAUAAUCUGACAAAAGAGAUUUCAAGCCCCGAUGAGGGUUAUGAAAGUAAGUCUCUUUAUGAAAGCUGGCUUGAGAAAGACCCUGCAACUGAAAAUAAUAGUUAUCCCAGAAUAAACAAAUUAGGAUCAGGCAGUGAUUUUGAAGCCUACUUUCAGCGACUGGGAAUUGCAUCAGGCAGAGUUCGUUAUACCAAGAAUAGGAAAGCAGACAAAUUCAGCAAUUAUCCCGUUUAUCACACUGUGUAUGAGACCUUUGAGUUAGUGGAAAAGUUUUAUGACCCCACCUUCAGGAAACAGCUAACAAUUGCCCAGUUACGAGGCAAACUGGUUUAUGAACUUGCAGAUUCCUGCAUCAUUCCUUUCGACUGUCGAGAUUAUGGAGAAGCCUUGAAAGAAUAUAGUAACAGAAUUUAUAAAUUGGCCAAAAAAUAUGAACAACAACUGAAAACUUACAAAGUAUCAUUUGAUUCACUUUUUUCUGCUGUGGUGAAUUUCUCAAAGGCUGCUGCUGAGUUUCAUAGGAGACUUGAACAAGCUGACAUGAAUGACCCAGUUGUUGUGCGAAUCAUGAAUGAUCAGUUGAUGUUUAUAGAAAGAGCUUUUAUUGAUCCUCUUGGCUUACCGGGCAGGAAAUUUUACAGACAUGUCAUCUUUGCUCCGAGCAGUCACAACAAGUAUGCUGGAGAGUCCUUCCCAGGAAUCUAUGAUGCCAUGUUUGAUAUUGAAAGCAAAGCAGAUCAGCGUGGAGCCUGGGAAGAAGUAAAAAGGCAAAUUUCCAUUGCAGCUUUCACUGUGCAGGCAGCAGCUGGAACACUGAAAGAAGUAGCAUAGGACGAUACUUUUGAAAAGCUCAAAUAGCAAAGUCUAAAGUUCACUGCAGUGGUCCUACUAUAGCAACACAGUCUCUUCUAACUGCCUACCAUUUCUCAGUUUCCAACCUUCUGAAUGCAUGCAAAUGUUCUGUUAGGAUGAGCAAGAGCUUUGCCUAUCAAAGAACUCCUGAGCUAGAAAUUACUGCUUCUCCGAUACUGGCAAAACUGUAGCUUUAAGAAAAACACUAGAUGGAAGCAAAAUAUUGGGGGGCAGAAAACAAUCAUCAGUUCACAAUUAGAUUUUUUUUCUGAAGAAUCUGCUGAUUUUGAGGUCCUGAUUUUUCAGAUGUACAAUUACAAAACCAGUUAUUUGCAUAGGCGUCUGCAAAUCUUGUCUGUAGCUGUGAUCAACCACAGACAUUUCAAAGAAAAAUAUCAGUGCUCAGCAAAUAUAUUUUUCUCUUUCUAAUGAUGACUUCUAUAGUUAAGACAUUGGAGGCAUUUCUUCAUUUUAGAGCCCCUUCUGUAGGGCUGGUGAGGGCUCAUUAUCCUAAUUUGCUUUCUUUUCUUGAAAAAAAAAAUACACAUAUGUACAUAUAUGUAGAGGCCCUCCCACUGAAGGGAGCCAAAGAGCUACUAGAUAUGCCUGAUCAUCAGAGAACACAGCUGUUUUUAUGCAGAAACCUGAUUUCUCCGCAUUUUACAGAGACACUCAUGAACACUGAGUGUCCACGCCUGUGAAAGUCACUGUGCACCUCCCUCCUUUAUUUGCACUUCAGAAAUCACAGACUGGGGGAUAACAGAGAACUGAUCUUCCUGCUCCUUCUGAAACUUCCACUAGUCCCACAGCAGUGGCAGCUGUUGGUCCUUUUUCCCUGGGAGAGCUAUAGCUAUUUCAUGCAGAGAUGUCGCCUUCCAGCUGAGGGAGAUGGAGGACAUUGUCGCUGCAUGGGGCGAUACUAGUGACGGCUGUGAGAAAAGGGGAUGGAACUUGCAGCAUGUCUUUUUUGAUUGCCUCAGGCUUGAGUUGAUGCAGUUGUUCUGCCUUCCAGUACGACCUGAAGUAAGUGUGUGUUAGGAGUUGCAUAUACAUUCAAAGAGAAACUCAAAUGCAUGAAAAUGAUAAUAGUACAAAAUUCUUUAAUUUACAAGAAAAUGAUUCUUGCUUCAGUUGACUUUUAAGUGUAAUACCCAUCCACCUGCUUUACAACUAAUAAAACUGAAUAAAAUUUUUUUAGAUGGCAUUCCAAUUUGUGGGAGCUGAUAAUAACCAAUUUCAUAUUUUAUGUAAAUUAUAUUGCAGUUUUUUCACAACCAUAAAUUGCAGCAGUGAGAAUCCUUUUUUUUUUUGUUUAUGGGGAGUAGAAAAGGCAUGGUACAAAAAAGGACAGCAUUAGAGAAACAGAACAGUGGACAUAACUGCCUCUAGGCUACAGAAAGAAUUGUUCCCAUCUCAAACAAUGCCUUGAAUUCAGCCAAGGAAACCAGAAAUUACUAUAGUUCAGUCCUUUAGGAAGUUGGUUUGUGGGAAAAAUGCUACCAAGAAAACAGGCUUUCAUUGGCAUCAUUUCUAAUGAGCCUCUGAAACAUGAACAGCUGUAUAUCUAUGGAAAUUAGGCUCCUAAUUUACUAUUGCCUUUCGCAAAUCAAGUAUUAGGCACAUGAGAGGGAGGUAACACUUCCACAGCCUUUGUUUUACCUCCCAUUUAAGUGAACAAAGUGUUUCCCCAGUAAAGCAUUCUUUUUCAGUUCAAGUUAGUUUUCAAAGCUCUGUGCCAUUACCUUGAAGCUGCAAAAGGCAAAACACUAUUAUCUCUUGGCAUCUGUGUGCAUUGUUUGAAGCUCUAGAAGGAGAUUACAACUCACAUCAGGGUGAACAUAGAGCUGGAAUCUAUUGCUUUCUUCCUCUCUACUUAACUGAGAACUAUAAUCUAUGAUUCAUCAUGAUCUGCUGCAUCUGAAAAGUGUAGGAAAUAAAUAGCUUAAAUAUAUUUCCCUUCCUCUCUAGUACAAUCUACAGAGGGAGAGUGAUACCCAAACCCUUACAAAAAAUCAAACCGUGCCACUUAUAAAUGGCUCAUACGGAUUGAUUUCCAUGAAGUCCCAAACAUUUGGUGUCGAAAGGAUCAGUUGUUCAGAGCUGAAAUUGCCUUCCAUGCUUUAGUCAUUAGUAUCUCAUUUUCUUUGGAUGGGCAACAAAGCAACUUACAGCUGUCCUCCAGCCCAAGAGCUGCUGUAUUUGUGUAUCUAUCUCUAGCUGCCUAUAAUUUCAAAGCAUUUAGGGAUUUUUCAGGCUCUCCUUACAAACAGAUAACACUAGAUAACCUACUCUUUCCUUUACAAACUCUGCUUACACAGCACCAGUACUUGGGUUCAUUCACUUAACCUGACUGAAGCAAUUUGUGAAUCAUGUAGCUGGAAGAAAAAGACACUUUACAAACCAAUUUGGCAAAAUUAAACUAGGAUGAAACUUGAUAUUUGGUUUGCUAAUUGUCUCUCAGAAAAACAGUUUCCAGGGAACAGUGCCAAGAAAUUUAUUUAUUUAUUUAUUUCAGAGUCCCUUAAGCUUGAAAUAUCGUUGUCUUGCCUUUGGAAAGGAAGUUGUAACAAUUGUCCAGUUCAGUGAUGGUCAGAAAGUGGGGAUAACAUACAUGCUCCUUUCUGUAUGUUAUUAUCUGUAUUACCUGUGAUUGAAUUGUCUUAUCACUUUCUCAGUAAGUGAUCAGUAGAUCAGAUAGUAAGAUCACUUACUGAGAAAGUGAUAAGGCAAUUCAAUCACCACACUCAUUCCUUUGCACCAAAAAUUGGUAGUAAUUUAAAACACUUCUUCUGUGUGUUGUCAUUAAAUAAAUAAAAAUCAAACAAUCCCCAAAAUGCCCUACAGAUCUUAGACUUAAUAAAAACUUAAGUUAAUUCAAUACCUUUGAAAAUUAAAUUGAAAAUUUGGGGGGAUCAAGUGAUGCCAAUGCUCUUCUCAACACCCUUAACACCCUGUAAUUUCGCACCCCUUCACAAGGUUGAGUCAUGCAUCAAAUAAUUGCUUGAGUGGAGCAAUAAAAUUAGAAUUUGCCUGUCCCAGUGUCCUGAUGACCGGAGUGCAAGUAUACCAUAAACUUAUAAUUUCUGAUGACCGUGGCUGAAGAAGUUUCAUAAAUCCUCUCAAAAACUGUAUGGUUCAGGGGUUAGAACAGAGCAUUUUGACUUGCCCAUUUUUUUGAUUAAACCAAAGCAAUUUGUCAAGUCAAGGUCAAACUUUUAAAUUGCUUCAGCUGAUCUAUCUAAAAUUACAUUUUUUUAAAUAGUAAUGAAAAUAAAAUACAUUGUGUAAUUCAGUGUAACUAUUAACCACUUCUCUCCAUGGAGGAACUAACACUGCUCCUGCUUCUGUCCAUGCUGUGCUUGUACCUAACAAAGCAUCAGGUUUAAAACAAAGGGACUCCUUGUACAACAUGUGAUCACAUCAUGGAACUCAUCGCUACAGGAGCUUGUGAAGGGUUAAGUGGGUUAAAAGGGGACCAGAUACGUGCAAGUAGAACUGAGUAUUCACAAAGGGAUCAUGCCCAAUGAUCCAGAUGCAACUUUUGGUUCAGAAGGCCCUGAAGGUCUGGGAAUUCAAACAUAGGUAUACAUGAAGGGAGUAGAUAAACCUGCUUUGUUCUUUUACUUUGCUUUAAGCAUUUAUGACAGAGAGGUUAUUGAGGAAGACGGUACUUUGCGCUCUCUCAGUAUAGCUCUUCUCUCAACUCUUUUUUUAAGCAAACACUUUAAUAUAACAAAACUGCUUUAGAGCAGAAAGCAGUUUAUCCUGCAGUGAAGCUAUUCAGAAGGUAGAAGGUGAUAUACAGCAUCUGCAGAGAAGAGCUAUACAUUGACCCCAACUUAUUCCUAAAGAAAAACAACAGCAGGAUUAGAUUCUGGAAGAUGUUGACAUGGUCUGAAAGUCACUGAAGACAUUUUCUACCUCCCAGAAGACGCCAUGACUAUAGAAACCCGCAAGGAGGCAGAGCUAGAACCUCCAGGCAACAUGGUAUUAAAAGCAGCUGGGGACAUGCUCUUCGUAGCUGGUAGAAAUAGUGCAUCCUCAGCACAUCCUAUAAUUUCCCUCUCUCACUCUAAAUUCCCCUAUCUUCGCUUCUGAGAUUUUAAUGUUAUACAAUUAAAAGAGCCAUUAAAAGAGUUGAAUGGAGGUGAACAUUAUUUGCAUUACAGCAAAACAGAAAACACUAAUUAAAUGAAAUACAGACGUUUCAUUUUACUUUCUCUUGCUUCUGCUAUGAUGCUCACUUUUCAGCCAAACCAAAGCAAUGUGCUGCUCACUGAGCAACACCUGCUAUAGAGAAAUUAUCCCUAGAGAAACCUGUAGGAGCUGAAUUUAGUCAACAGCCUCUUUUAAGACUAUUUCCAUUCUACACCACUGAGACUAAAAGUACAUCCAAUAAAGUAAGAGUGGCUACUGUUUAACCCUGUAAUUUAACUGUAAGGGUAUGAAAUAUAAGACUUAAGCUCUGAGUAGAGUUGAGCAGGGACAUCAGGCACAUCUAUUAAUCAAUGUCAGCAGGUGGAACUUAGAUGGCCUAAAUGGUUUAGGAGCUGUCAAUGACAUGGAUCGUUUCUUGUUUCUGCCAGUUAUAAUCCACAGAGUCAAGGCAUCUCGCAUCAGGCUUGUCAGUGCCAAAAGAAUGUUUCUCUUAGAGAAUGCUUCCCCUUUAGAACACUUUCUUCCAGAUCUGAGAAAAUCUAUGAGUUGAUCUUCAGGACAAUCUGUGAUAUGCAUCCAUUCUCUUGUGAGGUGAAGAGGUCCAAGAAUGGAGAAGUAGAACAGUUUGGUACCCCAGGCAGGAGGAGUAGAGCCUGGUUCAAGCAGAAGUGCAAACACAUGCUAUACCCUUCUAUAAAGGGAAAGAACAAGAGAGGCAAUAUUGGAAAAAGCAUUUCAUAAGUGGGUGUCAGAUAGACUUGUUUAUCUGGCACCUCCCCGCGAUGUGCUUUGCUAGCUUGUUGACAGUAAGCUGCUGACGUAUUGCUGAUGCUGCCAUGUACAUCACCUCCAAACAUGGCUGUAUUUUUAGAAUGAAACUCAAGCCACAGCUGCUGGACAGUGACUGUUGUAACAACACAUCCUUAUAUAACCAAUAAACAGUAGGGCAUCAGGCUGCAGAUACACUGCCAGCUGAGGACACUGAAGAAAAAGGCUUUGAAAGAUUUAGCUCUUGAUGAGAUCACUCUUUCCUUCUGAUAUUCUUGGAACCAACACCUCCCACCUGAAAAAAGCAAUACUAUUUUUCCUUCUUGAGCUCUUUCCUUCUCCCAAACCGUAUUUCCAUACUCUUUCGAUCCAAGCCUGGGGAUUCUAGUGCCUCCUGCCUAUUCUGUAACACUGUCUUCAGCCAACAGUUCAGAGACAAGAAAUAUCUUCAUUCCUAGCUUUGCAGAAAUACAGCAGCAAAAGGUGUAGGCACUUGUGUACGUCACCCAUUGCCACGGCAGAGCAAGGAAUAGAAUGCAAGCAUCCUGCCUGUCUUGUUAGGGGCAGAAGGAAACAAACCUUACAAGUCAAGUUUAUUGUUAGUAUAACUGAAAUCUUAACUGUCCAAUCAAAGAAUUAGUCACAACUAAUUAUUAUAGAAAACUGAAAAUAAAGAACAUUAUUACAGAAAAAACUCUCAAUAACAGAUAAAAUAGUUAUAUACACAUUUCCUUAAUACUUUUUCCACUACCCAUUGGGUCCUAAGGUCGUUGGGUUCACUCUGGGGUGAGGCAGCUACAGUGACUGAUCAGCAAUUGUAAGCUCUUCACAAAGAGAAGUGUGAUGUUAAUGGCUUCUUCCUCCUCAUCAGUUACCGUUUCUCCAAAUAGUAGUUUCUUCAAAUACUUUACACCUUGCUUUUCAUUGCUCCGAAACUCCACGCUACAUUAUAUACAGUGUCUUACAUAUGCUGAGUGGUAGUGUUGUUUGCCCAGCUCCUAAGUCUGCAUUUAUUUAGCUGGUCUGUCAUGAGCUGCUUAUAUUGCUGAGGUCUCCAGUACCAUCCCUCACCCCUUCUCUAAUCAUCCCAUGGAUGUACUCUUCUACACUGCAUCCUGUCCCCCAGGUUUCAAUUCCUUUGCUGUGAUAUUUGCUUGUUUUCCUCUGCAACACAAUACUAGAAUCAUAAAUAUUUCAUCCUAUGGAGUGACUGCUUGUUACUGUUAUCUACAUAAAAAUUAUGGUUAUACCAUAUGGCUAUACAAAAGUAAAACAAAUGAGGCAAUAGCCAUCUGGCCAUUAGAAAAUUGCUGUUACAGCCAAACAAGAUAAAACAAGGCUUGCUGCUGGCUACUGUAUUUACCAAGCUAUAAAAGUUACCCCCUCACUAUCAAAUGUCAGGAGGAACCUUCACUUAAGGACUACUUGAGGGAGGGACCAACAUUUUCAGUUUUUGAGAGAACUAUCAAAGAUGACAGCUAUUUUAUACUUCGUACAUACUCUUGACAAAUCAGACAAAUGGAUGAAACAGAUCUAGCUUUUAUGCUGACUCUAGUCAGCAUAAUUCAGCACAACUGGCCUUCGUUUUCACAUAUAUCAAUAUAUUAAUCAUUUCAUUGUCAUCUGCAGACUGCACAUUCUGAAAAUGAUUACGUGACUGAGAGCUAUCUAUAUACAUGGGAUUCAGAGUGCAAAUGCAAAACUCAGCAUUUGCUUCUCAGACUGUAUUACACUCACUUUUGUACUAAAGCACUAUAUUACCAGAUUAUGAAAAAGCUCUAACAUACAAGCAAACACCCAUUCUUUCAGAAAAGCACCCAUUCAUUGACAAAAAUCUAUCAGCUCCUUCAUGGCUGGUGCUUGCUCUACAGAUGAUUUUACUUACAAUUUCAAUGAAUAGCUAAAAUGUGCUGAGGGAAAGUGAGAGAGUACAACACUGCCGACUGCAAUACACCCUUGAAAAGGGAAUGUUUACCUACGCAGUCCUGUGGAACGGUUUGAGCUAAAACAUAUUUGCAUUAUAUCUGAACUAAUGCAAAAAGGGAUGAAAAUGACACAUUUUUGCCAGUUUCAGUUUUGCAAGUCCCAACCACACUACAAUUUUCAGGCAGUACUGACCAAUAUAAUAGUUCAACAAUAAAUGCAAUGAACGUGUAGUAUGUACAAUUAAAAGAUUUCUGCCCAGAGAAUCUAUGUUCUGAAGUACAAUAUUAUUUAGGAAAAGUAACAGCAAAGGAGAAAUAAUGAAAUGCUGAAAUAGAGCAAUGACACAAAUCUUUAUAAAGACAAAAGAAAAAUAAUUAUAUAACACUGCAAUUUGAAAAUACUUGAUGCUUUUCAUCAUUCACAGUUGGAGCUGUUGCUCUGUAUUAACCUCAAUCUUAGGCAUGUUUUCUAGGAAUAUAUUGUAUCUUCCUAUAAACAUCUGAAAAACCUCUCUCUCAGUGUUUAUAAGGUUAUUUCCAGCUCUGCUCUAAUACCUCCAUUUUUUCCUUCCAUCUACUUUACAAUUGUUAACAAACUGUUCUUGGCAAGCAUAAGUAUUCUAUUUAAUUUAUAAAUCCAUCGAAGUAUAGUUUUCAUGACAGAAGUACUGACAGGCAUCUCAGUUACAGAGCUACAAUUAAAGAAUAAUUCUGAGCCUAAUGCUUUGUUGUAGGUUUAUUCAGGAGUAGACAAUCCUAAUGUUAACUACUUCAUAAGUAAAGGCAGAACUUUUAGAAUUUGGGUUAAUAUUUAUGUAUACAACAACAUAACUUGAUCAUAAGAUGUUCCCUUAAAAAUAUUCAAGUCUCUCAGAGUCUAAAAGUGCACAGUGUCAACUCUGCCUCUAAUACACAAAUACGAAUUUCAAUAAAAAAGGAGUAUUUUAUGUUAAGCAUACUAGGCUACAAGCACCAUAGUCUAGUUUUAUGCUAAGCAUUAAAUUCAGUAAUAGUAAUGCAGUAUCAAUAUUUAGGAUAAAUUCAAAAUACAUAUUUCAGAAAAAAAGGUACUUGAACUAAAAAUAUUUCAUAGUGGCUGUAAGAUACUACUAUGCUCUCAGCUACAUUUGAAUGACUUUGUCUGCAAGGCAGCUUUUAUUAAUAAUUAAUGAGGAAGCAAUCUUUCAAAUAUGAAAUACAUGUUUUAAGUAAGUAACAAAGAAAAUUUAGGUAUUUAAUUCAAGAAAAUGCCCCCUUUCACACAAAAGCACUAAAAAAAGUCCUGAACACACUCUAAAGAGUCAGAAUCAAUCAUAUAGAUUGAUCUAAAGACAGGCAUGUUCAUUCAGACUCCAAAUGUAUAGCUGACAGCAGUUACGGAGUUGUGCAGUCCUUCAGUCCUAUCCAUGCUGCCACUGUGUUAUGAAAACAAAACAUUCAGCAAUCCAACAGAUAAAUGUUGAUUUUAUGAACAGGGCUUGAAUCUUGCCCUGCCUACCUGAAAGAUGCUUAAGCACCAUACUGUCUGCCUGUCCUCCUUACUUUUACCAUCCCAUCUCCCCAGUCCCUACCCUUCAUUUUGUUGACAAACUCAGUGAAACUGAAGUUGCUUGACUAACAAUCAUUUGGCACAGUAACUGUGAAUUUGAUUAUACUAUCUAUAUCUUUGGUUAGAACACCUACACAAACUAAUUAAUUCCACCUAUUGUCUUUUGGUGGAAUGCUAGAGUUUGUGAAAGCUGUAUUUUUCUCAUUUUUUGAAGAAAACAAACAAAUAAAAAAGCAGCAGAGUCAUAACACCUUCACAACAAUCUUAGAAACAGCCCACCGAUUAUACUGCCUGCUUCUUCCAAUUCCAGAAAGUUUGUGACAGCUAAAAAUCUUUGGACAGAACAGUUUCCAUGAACAAGAUAAGUCCCCAUCUAAGUAGCCAUGACAACUCAAAGUGAUGGCAAAACUUAAUGUCUCUUUUGAUUGGGCUGCUUUAGAACAGAUAAAAAGAAACUAACCAAGGGGUUGGGGAAAAAAAAAAAAAAAAAAAAAAAAAAAAACCCUUUGCCACACAGUUUCCCUUAAAUAUAGACUGACCUGUGGAAAAAUGUCCACUGAACUUUUGGGGGUUUUUUGGACAACUGUGUUGCAAAUAUAAAAAAAAGUUCUCCCCAAUAUAAAGUAAGUCAAAAAUAAACACGAGCAACCAGGAUGUAAUAAGAAUUUUAUUGAAUACAUUCAGAAAAAACAAAAAACCUAGAGCGUGAAGACAUGAGAUCAGAAAAAUUUUCUGCAUGUAAGUUUUACGAAUGUACAGAAUCAGACAACCAUGCAAAAGACACCUCCCUCCCCCAACAUAAUUCAAGACUCUUAUAAUGGCAAAAUUAUUACCACCUUAAAACAGUGUUCCAGACACAUACCUCAUUACCUUAAAAAAGAUCCUUCUUGAAUAAAAAUAAAAAAAAAUUAAUAGCAAUAAGGAAGGACCAGUGAUGUUACAGUAUUUCACCAACACUCAUGCCAUGUUUAAAGAAUGCAAGCAAAAAUCUGCAUCAUUACAUAGAUUAAGUAGACUUUUUUUCAAGGCAAAAUUCCUAACAAAACUAGUUCCUAAACUACUGAAAUGGUGACUUGAUAAUGCAAGUGUUCCAGCAGAUCAGUAGAUGGAAGUUUUUUUUUUUUUUAA